AGUCUACCGGAAGUUGAAUUUUUACCUUCGUUUCCGCCGUUCCCCCUCAAAGUUCUAGACUGAGACUGCCGUUCAAUCCGGUGGAUUAUUUGUCUUCUGCAUCGUUUCCCCUAGUUGGGAUGCCGAAAUAUGAAAGUUGUGCCGUUCUCCGUCUCAGCCGAAUUCCUAUCGACUUCGGUGAAAGGGAGAUCUUUGCUUACAUGAAGCAGUUUGGUCGAGUGCAUGCCGUUCACGUGCCAAGAUCGAGAAAGACUUUGAGGUCACGCGGUUAUGCUUUUGUAAAGGUCCCACAGGAUAUCGCACCCAUGAUAGUCUCUACCUUGGAUGGUGUGUUGAACUUCAAUAAAAUCAUGAAAUGCGAAAUUGUCCCUGAUCCGAACUGGAGCGCAUUUCGUCGAAAGCCUCUGAUGAAGUCGUCACGUACAAAGGAGAUUAAGCGUCAAACAGCAGCCGCGCUUGCUCGAACAACUCAUAAGAGCGACAAAUCACCCAGUGAUUCAGCAACCACGAAAAAUCCCGCCCAACGUCGGCGCACAAGAAACUUCGAAAAGAGACUCAAGUUGUUGCAACAGGCCAACCCGUCUUUCGUUUUUCAGACGAAAUGUUGACAAACUCCAUUGCCAUCCUGGGUACAUGCUGUACAAAUAAACGGAAAUCACUGAAGUCGUAAAUAUUGUCCAUAAAAAUGUCACCUAGCGUUGUGAGAGAGCCCGUGACAACACGUUCCACAUCUCCGUCCAUUGGACUCAUUUUUAUACGUUUUUAGCGCGACUUAUGUGCUUCGUGUGUGAUUGGUUGUUCGUUGACAGGCGUGGCUAAAAGCUACGUACAAUCAAGAUGUACCUCGGUCUAUUACGCAUGCAGUGUUCAUUUCUGUUUCUUAGCCACUAAUGUAGUACACUGACCCUUGCAUUGAUGUUCCC